AGUACCUCCCAAGAAUACAAUACCCACGACAGCGCGCAGCCAGUUUAUACAUAUGUAGCUUCCUUAUGAUAUGAAAGAAUAAUUGAAAAUCUUUAUCGAUUAGCAUGAAAUUAUUCACGACCCAGUGAGUCAGCGUAAAAGUAAUUCACGAACAGCUCCACUUCCAGAUUUCUUUUUCUGUGGUGCGCGGUUUCGAUUUACUUAAAAUAUUAAAUCAUGUUUCGAAAUAAUGGAAACAACAAUAACGGCCCGCGUAAGAGGAGGCGGAGUGGCGCCGUUGUUUUUCCAUUCUUCGCAAAAACGCGGAGCGGCCAGGUGGUACCUGGUGUCCCCGAUAGUGGAGCUGGUUCUGCACAACGGUCCUCGAACGCAAACUUCCCCGCCCCCGUAGUUCCAAGAGCGUCCUACACGACCGGCAACUAUGGUGGUGGCGGUGGCACUGCCACUGCUUCGUCCGGCGAGCACAAGCUGACGGAAAUCUUGCUCGACUAUCCGCAUUGGAUGGCCAAGCACAUCACGAACCACGCGGUGUUAUCCUGUGCAAAAGUAUCGUACUCGUAUAAAAAAUGCAAGUCUUGCAUUACAAAUCCUGCCUCCAAGGCAAAUUUACAAAUUUCAUUUCUCAUGCUGAGGAAAUUUGUAAUGCAUCUAUACGAGUACGAUGCUUUUGCAUUGCAUAGGUGUUUCCCCCAGAUAUCGACACCGCGGGGAUCGACGGCAUUUCCCGGGUGCGCUUGUGGCUUUCCCGGUACCGGUCGCUGAUCCUGAUCCACAACAAAUCCUGGGUGAAGGAGUGCUCCCUCGAGGACUUCGCGAGGGCAGGAGGACAGCAGGCGGAUGGGGCGGCGAGGAACAACGCACGGGGGCGUGAUGAGUCAACAACUGUCACCCCGGCGGGGGCAAGAACAUCUUCAAGUACUUCUCAUUUGGUGCUUUCGCCCACGACUUCCAAUGAGAACUUGCAACCAUCGCAAGUAGUUGAUGAUGUGCCCGUUUAUUCGACAAGACAAGCAGCAGGCCAAAAGCAACUGAAAAACUGGAUUCGGGACUCCUGCUCGCUUUUCUGGGAUGUGAGUUUUCUGCUCGACACAAGGGACCGGUUCACGGAGAGGGUGCCGAUGAAUAAGGCGGCCACGACAGCGAGUAUUGAAGAAAGUGCGCCAGAAGGCUCUUCAUCACCUGCAAGAACUUCAUCGUCGGCAAAUAAAACGACGGCUGCUCGCAGUUCUUUGACGGCAACUACUAGUUCCCUGGACUAUGAGGAGAUUCACCACCCCUCGCUGGAAGAGAAACACGGGGGCUUUGAGGUGCACACGGCCUUCGUGACCGGGUGUCUGGAGGAAAUUGCCUACCGGACCGUCAUGCGGUACCUUGAUUUGCUGAUGGACAACACGCGCGGGCUGGACUACGUGCUGACCAACGUUUCUGUCCAAAAGCACUACGCCCUUUUCUCCGGGGAAAAGUUCCGGUACCUCUGGGUCGCGAGUGUGGUCGAAAACCGGGAGGAGGACCUGUUUGCAGGCAGAGACGUGGUGGAAGUCGGGGGAAAAGAGCCGCAGGAACAAGAACUUGAUAGUACUCUCCACGGGCAGGAUGAACUCGAACAGCCAAGAAAACUCGGCCCCGAAGUUGUGACAUCUAAGAAACUAGAACUACCGCAAGAACAACUACACCCGGAAGAUGAUCAACAACAUACCGUGGUGUGUGAGGUGUACUGUCUGGAUGUCACGAAUCGGGUCUGCCUGACUGCUAUGCAUUGCAAAAGCAUCGUACUCGUAUAAAUUUAAAUGCAUUACAAAUUUCCUCAGCAUGAGAAAUGAAACUUGUCAUGCGGAUUUACCUUAGCAAAGAAAUUUGUAAUGCAUGACUGCAAUUACUACGAGUGCGAUACUUUUGCAUUUGAUAACUGCGACCCUAGAAUUCGACCGCCACGAGGACGUCACGGAAACGGCCGCGCGGAGCCGACUAUGAAUUGCAAAAGUAUCGUACUCGUAUAAAAUGCAUUACAAAUUUCCUCAGCAUGAAAAAUAAAAUUUGUAAUGCUGAUUUACCUUCACUAAAAUACGUAAUGCGUGAUUGCAAGAAUACGAGUACGAUACUUUUGCACAGGAUACCGACAGGCCCGGAAUAGUGUGAUGGAGUACAACAAGAAGAGAGCGGCUGGCGGGGCGACGACAACCAAGGUGUUGUCGCGGCUGUGACGGAACUUUUCACCUUCACUCGCAAAUUAGGAAAGGUUCUUUUUCAUCAAUGAAUACACUGCUACUUUACUUUCUAUAGUUCUCACCUCAACAAAGCAAAUCUAUGUGACCCGCUCCUUCUAUUUCUGGGUUGGUUCAUCUUCAUCUUGACCACCUGUGUUUUUUAUCAUGUGCAGAACUUGUAAAGCUAAACCGAAGUAAAGCCAAGGUGAGUUAGAAGAAGCUGAAUAUUUUGGUGUGCCAUCUUUUACACGACCUUCACCUUGAAGAUACCCAUUCUCAUACUUGAAAGAAAUGAACAGAGGCGAGGACAACGGAUAAUAAAUAGACUCUCGCUGAUGUCGUCGUGGUUCUUUUUAUCUUCCACCCCCCAUGACGUGUAAGUAUCCGUGCCGAAUCGACUAAGUACGCUCUUCAACAAAAGCGAAAGAAUGACCCUGCUCCGCAACAUCAGCGACAGGUGGAACAAGAUACGAAGAGCUACUCUUAUUUUGCGAAGUUAGUGAACUUAUUUUUGCAGAAAGAAAAAUUAUGGAAGCUAGUGUUGCUACGAUGUAAGUAGGUACUUUG